UGUGUAGUGCAGAUUAGGCAUGAUUAAGUAGUUUUAUUUGAAUAGUGGACAAGUUCUAGUGGAUGAAGCUAUAACUGCGGAGUGUUAAUAAUCAUGGUCGAUAAGCAAACACGUGCAACGCUGGCUUGAAUUCACGGAUAUCUUCACCUGAGAACAUGCCAAGUAACAUGUUUCUCUCGCUCUCAAUCUCCUUUAUUUACAACAUACAACUCCAUCCCUUGGCCUAGUGUCGCACUUUCAACAAGCAAAAAGGAAAUAUUAAGAAACAAAGAUACACAGAUAUCCAUGGAGGGCAAAAGGAGCGUCAUCACAAACAAGCAAGGAAGGAACAAAGUCCUUCCAACGAAUGCCUUAUGUAUUGGCGGCGAAGGAGGGAUUGCGGGUCUUUUUGUAUUCGGUGGAGCUUUGGCCAUUGCAGGUUUCAUGGCAGUUGCAUCUUUCGCCAGCAACAAGCAAAAGGCAAAGGCCACCCAUGAUCAACAGACAAAAUCGAAGCCCCAACAAUUGCUGUUGGAUGAACAUGAAUGUAAGACUGAAGACGAUCAUGACACCACCCGAAGUCUCACCUCUCUCGUUAAGAACUCAUCAAUCGGAAAUGGAGAUGCCACAUGCUAUUGGACAUCCAAUACGAGCAUCGACCAAGAGGAGAAAAGUGAGCUUAGACCCAGAAGUGGUGAUCAGGAGAGCCCAACCUGCUUUCAACCUCAGGAAAUUGUGUUUUCUGACUCUUCGCCCCCACAAAGUGCGGCUUCGUCCAACGGAAGUGGGGUUGCGGAAGAAUGCAUCGUGUCAUUGUUUAACAGACCCAGUGGGCAAGAACAAGAGCCGGAUCAAAAGGAUGAAAUACCUCAAGACGAUCUAACAUCCUCAGAAACAGAAACUGAAACCGAGGAUGAUGAGGAGGAGGAGGAUGAGAUGAUGUCGGAUGAAGUUUCAGAGUCUGGGUCAGAGGAUACCUCAAAAGAAACAGGGACCACCUCCCUGGACUACAAGGAGGAGCAAGUUUGGCCCUCAGAGCUGGUACAACAUGCAAAGCAAAAAUUCAAGGGAGACAGACAUCUCUGCUCUCUCUCUGAUGUGGAUAGCUCCGACUACGAGGAGGAGGUGACAAUGGCACACCAAGCAGAUUUAGACCAAAAUCUGAACUUAAUGGUUCCGAAUAAUCAAGCAUUAACCUGGGUUUUUCCCUUGCUGUUGCUAGCGCUGCUGAUGCUCUUGGUUCUACUCACCUAUCGUCCACAGGAGUCAUUUUAUGUACUAGAUGAUGAGGGUCAUUCCGUAGUGAGGCGAAUUUAGAGGAUCAAAAUGUUAGACAUUUUCCCAUUAAAUCAUCUUAAAGUAUAAUUUUAAUGAGUCCCACCAA